AUGAGUUCGACAACGAAAAAAUUUCGUGAAUUUAUGGCUGAACCACUUGGAGAUAAAGGUAUUCGGGAUGUUCCUGGUAUAGGUGACGUUCUCGGUGCUAAAUUAUCUGAAGCUGGUUAUGAAAAAGCUUAUACAUUAUUUGGUAAAUAUUUAUUAUUAAAUAAAGAUCUCGAACAAUUUCAAGAUUGGAUACAAACACAAUGUGGUGCAAAUAGUCAUCAAGCUAAAACAGCAGCACAAGCAUUAUCUGAAUGGGCUGAAGCUUUUAUAUAA